CUUGUUUGUUUUAUUCUGGGAUUCUUCCCGUGUGCAUCGACCUUUUUGAAUGAAGGUUCUUUGUGUGUUUGGAUUCAGUCAGUCUUGUGACCGAGGGAGAGAUGACAGGAGUGUGUUUAAAGGACAUUCUUCCUCUGUGUGUGUGUGUGUGUGUGUUCAUUUCAUGUGUAAUGAGCAGAGAGAGUCUCUCUGAAUGUGUGGCUGCCUUUUUUUUCGCAGCUAAUCCUCCGCACUGUGCCACCGUGGAGGUACACAUGAAUAUUCCCACUCAGUCUCUCACUCUCACUCACACCCUUGCACACACACAUAUUUUCGACAGACGUACAUGCUGUCUUGCGGCACAUGCGCACUCUUGAGGAUGAGAGCAGGAGCAAGCGCAGACACACACACACACACACGUGCAUGCACACGCGCACGCGCAUUGCAUGCGCCUGCAGCCACACUGGCUGAUUAGCUUGCAAGAGCCGUCUACAGCAUCCAGGGAAAUGGCGCAAGAGGCAGAGCAUUGGAGGAGGAACGGCAGCCCACAGCGGCGGGAUUAGACCUCUGGCAUCCUGUGCAGCCGAGGCAUGGAUUGACUCGCAGCGCGGCACCGAGCGACGGGGCGAUCGGGAGGCAGCCUUUGACUGACUGUGGGCUGACGCGCGUGUGUGUGUGUCGCUGGGAUCGGUGUGCGUGCGUGUGAGGCGGCCGAUGCACCGGUAGGACUGGGUCGGGCCUCUGGAUCCGGGCCGUGGGGGGAGGGGCGGCCGACGCAGGGAGAGGGAGCCUGUUUUUUCACCGGACCAGAGCUCUGGUGUGAUUCUUCAGCCUGACCGUCUGCAACAGGCCUGCCUGCAUCCCUUCUCCGUCUCUCUCUCUCUCUCCCUUCUCCCAUCCUCCCCAUCCUUGUUUUCCUCCUGCAAUUGUCAUCUGCUUCUCCCUCCCACGAUGUUCCCGCUGCCUCUACCUCCAUCACUCGAAACUGUGCUCCUCUCUCUGCCCUGGCGUCACCAUCCCUUCAUCCCUCUCACUUGCAUCGUCUAAAUAUUUUAUUGCCGUUUGCCGAGCGGCUCGGCUCUCGUCCACAUUAUCUUUUUGUUCACAUCUCUCUCUCUCUCGCACUCCCGCUCGUUCCCUCCCAUCGGCUCCCGUUCUGUGCCCUUCAGACGGUGCCCCGCUCCCUCUCAUUCCCCGCUUCCCUCCAUCUUUCCAUCUUUUUCGGGCCCCCGGGCCCACCUCUACGCUGCAGUGACUGUGGAUUUUGGGUCGGUGUGCUCAAUGGGAUGAGAUGUAGUCUCCACAGCAGCCGGAUCCAGGGGGCUCCUGGUCUGCCCAUCAGGGGGGGACCCUCGUCUUCGGACCACGCCGAGGCUGGAGCCGACUGACUCUGGACUGACUGGGCGGCCCGCUUUUGGGGUGCUGCAUGUAGGCGCGCCGAGAGUCCGCACCAGCGCCCCCCUUCCCCCCUCCCCCGGACCCUCGCCCCCUCUUCCCCCUCGGCCCUUCGCCCCCUUUCGGGGGGGCAGCCGUCACUCUGGAGUGUCCCGGCUUGACCGGCUGCGGCCUCUCCUCGCACGGCCUGACGACGCCCUCAUGCCACUGGGGCCCCCACAGCGCCCCGGCUCCGCUCCACUACCGCACCUCCGGCCUGUGCCACCGGCCCAAGCCGCCCGUCACGCUCAGCAUGGGCGUGGUGGAGGCCGUCGACCCGGCGCCGUCCCCCUGCCCCUCGCCUGUGCCGGGGGGCUACAGGCUGCCCCGGUCCUCCAGCUACAGCCCCCUGCAGGGGAGGGCAGGGGCAGAGCUGGACCUCGGUGCGGCCGCCGCGGGGGUCCUGGAGGGAAGCGGGACGGCAGCGGAGCGCCGGGCGCCCUUAGUGGACCUGUUCUGUGAGACCUGCUCCAGGCCCUGGCUCAUCGGCUGGUGGGACCAGUUUAAGAGGAUGCUGAACAGGGAGCUGUCCCAUUUGUCAGAGAUGAGUCGCUCAGGGAACCAGGUGUCCGAAUACAUCUCCACUACCUUUCUAGAUAAGCAGAACGAAGUGGAGAUCCCGUCCCCGACCUCGAGGGAGAGGGAGAAGCCCAUGUGUCACAUCAGCGGCGUGAAGAAACUCACGCACAGUUCCAGCCUUUCGAACUCCAUCACGCCACGAUUCGGUGUGAAGACCGAGCAUGAAGAUCAGUUAGCCAGGGAGCUGAACGACUUGAACAUCUGGGGCCUUAAUAUCUUUCGUGUUGCAGAGUACUCCAAUAACCGUCCCCUCAGCUGCACAAUGUUUGCCAUCUUUCAGGAGAGAGAUCUGCUGAAGACCUUUAGGAUCCCCGUGGAUACGUUUGUCACCUACGUGAUGACCCUGGAGGACCACUACCACGCCAAUGUGGCCUACCACAACAGCCUCCACGCUGCAGAUGUCACUCAGUCUACUCAUGUACUGCUAUCCACCCCAGCGCUAGAUGCUGUGUUCACGGAUCUAGAGAUACUAGCUGCGUUAUUUGCCGCUGCCAUCCACGACGUCGACCACCCGGGAGUGUCCAACCAGUUUCUCAUAAACACAAACUCCGAGCUGGCCCUGAUGUACAACGACGAGUCGGUGCUGGAGAACCACCACCUCGCCGUGGGAUUCAAGCUGCUCCACGAGGAAAACUGUGACAUCUUCCAGAACCUGAGCAAGAGGCAGAGGCAGAGCCUGAGGAAACUGGUUAUUGACAUGGUUUUGGCGACGGACAUGUCCAAACACAUGAGUUUGCUGGCAGACCUCAAAACAAUGGUGGAAACCAAGAAAGUGACAAGUUCCGGAGUGCUGCUGCUGGACCAUUACACUGAUCGGAUACAGGUGUUGCGGAACAUGGUGCACUGCGCUGACCUGAGCAAUCCCACGAAACCCCUGGCUGUGUAUCGGCAAUGGACGGAGAGGAUCAUGGAGGAGUUCUUCCGGCAGGGGGACAAGGAGAGGGAGCGAGGGAUGGAGAUCAGUCCCAUGUGCGACAAACACACGGCCUCUGUGGAGAAGAGCCAGGUGGGCUUCAUCGACUACAUAGUCCACCCACUGUGGGAGACGUGGGGGGACCUCGUGCACCCUGACGCCCAGGACAUAUUGGACACUCUGGAGGACAACAGGGACUGGUACCAGAGCACCAUACCACAAAGCCCCUCCCCUCCACCCGUGUGCCAGGAGAAGGAUCUAAACGCCUGCAUUGACAAGUUUCAGUUCGAGCUCACCCUCGAGGACGGCUCUCCGAGGGAAGGGGGCGACGGGGGGGAGCACACGGCAAACCACGUGGAGCAGGGCUGCCACCCGGGGGAGGAGGAGGAGGAGGAAGAGGAGGAGGAGGAGGAGGAGGAGGAGGACGAGGAGGGUAAAAAAGGGGAAGAUGUUAUGGCAGAGGAGGUGAACGAGGACAUAAUAGAAGAGGAAGACGAGGUGGCUAUGGAGGAAGAGGAGGUGGAGGAGGAGCUGAAAGGUCAGUUAGAGGUGAGCUAUGAAAAGGAGAGACUUUCUGACACAAGUCCUGUAGAGGAAGAGGAAGAUUCGUCUUCACAAGCUGAAGAUACAUGAGUCGGGGCUCCUGUGUCUCCCUCCUCACUUGCACACACUAUCUUGUUCAUCCUUUCCAUGGCCAAACCAAGAACAAAUAAGACUGCAAUGACAAUACAGACCUUUAAAUAUAUUUUUCAAAAAGGGAAUAAAUUAAAGAGAAGGUGAUUACACAGCAACUGUAGAUUUGAAGUGGUGACAAGUCCUCCGGCAAACUUUAGACAGAGAGGAAUUUAGGAAGCAUCAGCGACGGGGCAAGUGAAGACAGCGUAGCACUCUGGGACUGGAACGCACACACACAAACACACACACACACACACACACACACAAGUAACACACUCCAAUUCACCGUGGGAGCGAGUCAUGAAUACACAAAUUCCACGAGCGUGGGUGCAUGCAUCAUUCAUGGAGCGCAAAUACACCCCCUCCUUUCUAGCAAACACACACACACACACACACACACACACACACACACACACUUGACAGUAUAUUUGCAUGUGUGCAUUUACAUGAGGGACAUUGAUCAGUAAUGAAUCUGUUUGGAAAAAGCCAUCUCUUAAUGGAGUACUUACUAGUGUUCAGUCAGUAUUAGUAAUUUGUGUUCGUUAGAACUUCAAUAGAAACUGUUGUCCUCAAAAAAAAAAAGCUACACAUCCGGGUGACUUUUUUUUUUUUUUCCAUUUCUGUCGGAAAGAAAAAUACAAAAAAUAAAAAAUAUCCACAGAGUUGGAAGAGGAGAGAAGGAGAUCUCGAAGGCAAAGAAGAUUCUGGCAGGAGGGGGGGUUGGGGGGGGUGGGGGGGGCGCCGGGCCCCGUUCCUCCUUUUCCCUUCACGAGGAGUGCUACUGGUGCAAGAUGGCUCUGUGCCUUUCUGAAACACCAGCUUCCUGGACGGAGCUGUCGUGAAGCAAUGCAUUGUGGGACAGGAGUUUCUGAUUUUAAAAUACUUUUUGGGGGGGGGGGGAGUUUGUCUUUGCUGUUCACGGUUUUGUGGUGUGUUUCUAACACGUUCAGUUUUUAUGGUCAUAUGUUUAAAGCUAAAAGUCUUCCUUUGUUGCUCUUCUGGUAAUAUAAUAACUCAGAACUCUAGAUGCAGAGCAAUCACUACCACUUCUGUUUUAUUUUCUUAUUAGAAUGAUUUCUUUUUUAACUUUCUGAGAAUAAGCCAUGUGAUGCUUUGCGGCAUAAGUUUUGCCUAUUUUCUAUUUAACUGUUUGCUUGAUAUGUUAAAGGAAUUACUUCAUCAGCAGAACAAAUUUCCACUCGCCAUCUCAUUCCCACUUGCACUGGGUGGUCAUGUCUCCUCACACACAAAGAUACUCACCAAAGUAAAGGAGUAGAAAGUCCAGUGGGUGAACUGAUUUGAGGGAACACCGACGAACCGGAUCAUCAGGGAGGCAGAAUGUCUGGAGAAAGAAACCAGUGGUCCCCGAGUCAUCCUCGUUAUAUAUUUGAUGCUUUUUUGCCUUAAUGUUGGAUGCAGGACACACACCUGCGAUUAUGUAGAUUUAUAAGAUACAUAAUAGACAUCCUAGUAUAUUUAUAUCACGUCUGUAUGCCUAUUGCUUUGUGUAUCAGUGUGUCUGCAACGUAUCCAGCAUUGCAUUCGGAUGGGAAGGGGGUCGGUCGUCACCUUGUCUUUUUUUUAAAUCAGGACGGUUAAAGUCUUUGGGAAAAUAGGAAAAAAAGAGAGGCGGAGAGAAUGAAUAAGUGUGUUUCAAUCUGAGCAGAUGUUGUGUUUAAGGGGUCACGGUUAGUUUUUUUUUGUUGAGUUUUGAGUUUCGUCUUUCACAGGGUAAACAAAACGACAUGAAUGUGGUUCUUUUGGAGGGUAAGUUUCUGCAGGUCAGCAACUGAGUUCAUCUGAAUGGACCACAGCUCGGUGCAACGGGAGCCUGUGUGUUUGAUCUGCUCUCCAUCGCAGGGUGGGGCAGAGCAGCCGGGCCACCACACAGGCUUUUAUCUCGUAGAAAUGGGAAUCCAGGACUAACUUCUUCAGUUACUUAAACACAAGAUUCCCAUAUGCAUCGGCCUCUUACUUUAAAGAUGUUGCUUUGUUUUUGUGGCUUCUUGUUAUGUCAUAAGCUAUAAAAACAUGAAUAUUUACUUGCCAUACAAACACGAUACUGUAGCAAUUGUUUCUUAUUAAGAAAAUUAUUCAAUUGAUUGAUUGCUGCCAUUCUUUUUAAAUGAUGAAAUGAAAACCAUGGGAUGUGUUUUCUUUGAACAGUUUGUGUACAGUUUAUUUUUAUAUCAUUCUGGUGGACGGUCUGGAAAAUGAAUCAUAUAAUGAUGAUAUAUAGCUAUAAGCAUUACCACUCUUGUAUAUAAUGUAAUAUUGGAAUGUAAAUUAUAAAUUUAUCCAAGUCAUAAUGAUUGACAAGCAACCAAUUGAGGUUGUUACGUGAAUCACUAAAACACUGCAGGCCACAUCCUCACCUUUUCAUUCUCUGGUUAUGUUCUCCCUGCCUUGUGUUAACAUUUCUUAAUCCUCCACAUGUUUUGUUAAAAUCAAAUAUAUUUGUACCAGCACUUUAUUUCGUCAGGUUUUGAGGCAGACAGUGUGUUUCAGGUAGUGUACCGUCUGUGCUGGUGGUUUGGUCAUUGCCAGUCACCUGUUGAUUAUUUCCCAUUGGGCCAAAUCACAAACCAUCAUUGUGCAGUAGUCAAUGUAACUCCCUUUUCUAGAGACAUAAUCAAACAAACUAGUCACUCUCUAUUAAAGGUCCGUGUGUGAUUGAACUAAUUUGACCGAUAAAGUCAAAUGUAAGCAGAUGUAGUCCCAUGGGAUGGGACAUGUUCAGAGGAGAAUUAUCUAACUUGGCCUUUUCUGGUACACCUCUAUUUAUUAGUAACUUUAAUCAUUAGCCUGAUAGCUCACAUAUCCGUCCAGCGGUGGCCUAACUAGCUGGUUCCCGUCUGGGUUGCUGUCGGGUCACUUUGUCGCAGACUGACUCCCUCUGUGAAUAAUUCUCUGGGCUUUAAUUCAUGUGUUUGUUCACAAGUAGGAAAGAUUAUUCGCGGGGAAAAAAACAACAUGAAAUGAUUGUAAUAUUUGUAGAUGAUCUUGCUGUAAUGUGUAAAAUGUGUCCAAGUUAUUUUUUAUUAUAUUAUUUUUAUGAACGUUUUUCCUCUCAACAGAGCUGAGGUGUCAUUUUGUGAAUAAAUGCAUUUAAUAAGCAAACAUCUAUAUAUAAAACAAUACUAUAUAGUAUACCAGUAUAUUUUUCUUUUAUUUCAACGUUCGGUACUGUAAAGUGUGUUAAAAAUACAAAUAAAGUAAGUUUUUUAUAUUAAAUGCGA